CGGCCAUGUUGAAUCCGCCAGAGAGCCCCGUCUUUGUGCCGUGCAAGUCGUCCAGCCCGUAGAGAACGAGAACCAGCACGGCCGUUUCGUGAAUCGACCAAAGACUCAUCACAUCACUGUGUUAAUUCAUUCAACGAACGGCGGCCAGACAUAUCUACAAUGCUGAUUACUACCGUUACCCGCAGACGAUCAGCAACAGGUCGGAUGGUUUCUCUGCUAUUCCUGAGCUGCGUCGUCGCCUUGGCCACGGCUUUCCGCUCUCACCAGGAUACCAUGCUCUCGGAUGUCUACCUACGCGGAAUCAUGAAUCACCUGGGCGACAAGAUGUUGGCUGAUGCUCCCGAAGGCUACCUCGAUUAUCCUUUGCCGAGCUACGAAGACAUGAUGAUGGGCCCGUCGGUUACCAGCGAAACGGAGAGUGAAAUGAAGGAAUACGAGGAAGCUCCCGAAAGUCUGAACGAACCCCGCGAACGUCUAGGACUGGGCCUGUCACUGCGCGACCAGGAGUAUCUCAAACACAGUUCGCUCUUCUCUCGUCAACAGGAAGAUGAUCAACCUCUCUCAGGUACGCCCACGGGUUCUGUCAAAGUCUCGACGCCGUCCAGCUCCUCCGGCAAGACCGAGAAUGUUCUUCCGGCCUACUGCAAUCCGCCUAAUCCAUGCCCCAUUGGAUACACUGCCGAGGACGGAUGCCUGGAGGAAUUCGAGAACACGGCCGCCUUCAGUCGCGAAUAUCAGGCGGCACAGGAUUGCAUGUGCGACACCGAACAUAUGUUUGAUUGUCCCGCUUCGUCGCUGAACCAUAAAAACGACAAGAACCGCGCCACGGCCAACAUGGUCGACACGGCCAUCCGCAAAAUCAUGUCCGAUUUCCAGGGGGAACACAAGUCACUGGUGUCCAAGAAAUUCUUUGCAGACAAGUAUUAUGACGAAUUGACGGGUUUGAAAAAACGCGCUCACAAAGCCGUCGAAAUGGCCGGUGCCGAUAAUCAAUCAACCAGCGAAAAUCCUUACCUGCAGGGAGACAAGUUGCCAAUUGCAGCCAAGAAAGGCAACCGGGUCGUUGCCUAAACGCCAAGAAUCCAGCAAAUGUUAUCCGGCGGAUCAUCUUUUUUUUAAACGCAACAUCUUUCUUCUUGAACCUGAAAGAAAAAACACACGGUCUCGUUAAUACAUUCGCAUUUGUUUUUAUGUUCCAUUCUUUGAUUUGCCCAGAUAAAAUUUCCAAUUUGUUUUUAUCGCAGUUUCUCGUUAAACGCAUCACAAAUCAUCUGGUCGACAAAUUCUAAAAUCUCUUUUGAAUUCUUUCUUGAAGGGCUUUAUUACCAGCUAAUUGUUACUGAACUACUAACUAAUAACUAUAUAACACCCCCCCUCAAAUGUAUCGAUAUUGACUGUUUGUUGUCAUUUCCCUUAUUAUUCUAUAUCAUUAUAUAAUAACUAUAUAUCAUUAUUACCCUGCCCAAAACCAUCAAACAAAACUUAACUGUUACGAUUCAUAUCGCGCAAAUAUGGUUACAGCUUGCCAGACGACACAAAUGGGGAAGGAUUUAUUGGUCUCGAAAAGAAACUAGAAAAAAGGAAAUCAAAUACACGCGGAUUAUAUCGAAA